AUGGUCAACUCUUUGCUAGCCACGUCCUACAUCUCCAUUAUUCCCAAUUUACUUCUUUACUUCGUUCCUCCCGAUAUCAAGCCAACUACAUUAAAUACGCUGGUCAAUUUCGCAGUGGGUAGUUUGCUGGGAGACGUAUUUUUGCAUUUGUUGCCACACGCAUUUAAUAGUCAUGAGCAUCAUGAAGACAGCAACCAUAGCCACCACAACCACGAUACCAAGUCAAUUCAGCAUGGUAGCAAUGAUGAGCACAAGAGCGUGUUGAUUGGAUCAGGUAUAUUUGCUGGGCUAUUCUUCUUUUAUGCAGCAGAUAAAGUUAUGAGAGCAUAUUUUGGAAAGAUGGGACACGAUCAUGGACAUGAUCAUGGUAAAAAACACGAUGAACAUGUUGUGGAUCAAGUGGCUGUGAGAGAGGGCAUGCGUCAACGCAAGCCUAGUAAAGACAAAGAGCAGACCAAAGAGACAGAGCACAAUCAUCGUCAACACGAUCACCAUCACCAUGCGCCCUCAGCAGAUGUGAAAGCCAGCACCUACCUCAACCUAUUGGCUGAUUUCACGCACAAUCUCACUGACGGUAUCGCUAUGGCUGCCUCGUUUUAUGCUUCACCAGCCAUUGGUGCCACUACUGCUGUUGCUGUCUUUUUUCAUGAGAUUCCUCAUGAAGUGAGCGAUUACGCAAUUCUAUUGCAAUCCGGCUUCAGUAAGAAACGUGCUAUGAUGGCUCAAUUUACAACCGCCAUUGGUGCCUAUAUUGGCACAUUUAUUGGUAUCUUUAUCGAAGAAAUGGCUCACAGUAAUGCCUCUCAUAACAAGCACGAUCACGAUCAUCAUCACUCGCACGGAUUGUUAGGUACCAGUAUGACAUGGGGCGAUCUCAUUAUUCCCGCCACAGCUGGCGGAUUUUUAUAUAUCGCGACAGUGGGUGUAAUUCCUGAACUAUUGGAGAGCAAAAGCAACAGUAAACUACAACCAUUCAAGGAAUUGGCAGCAAUGAUAUUUGGUAUGGCAUUGAUGGCUUGCAUUGCUUGGAAUGAAUCUCAUCACCAUUAA